AUGAGUUACUUCCUGUCCUACUGCAAAGCUCACGGCGGCGCGCUGCUCACCGGCUACCAGGCCCUACGCGCCGAGGGCUUCUUGUGCGACGUGACGCUGGAGGCUGAAGGCAGCGAAUUCCCAGCGCACCGGUCGCUGCUGGCCUGCUCCAGCGACUACUUCAGGGCCCUGUUCAAGAGCCAUACCCGGGAAUCCCGGGAGCGCGUGAUCCACCUGCAGGUGCCAUCGGCGGCCGGCCUGCAGCGCCUGCUGGACUUCAUCUACACUGCUUGGCUGCCGCUCUCCAUGGACACCGUGGAGGACACGCUGGAGGCUGCCAGCUACCUGCAGGUCACCGAGGCCCUAGGGCUGUGCGGCCGCUACCUGGAGCGCCAGCUGGCCCCGGACAACUGCUGUUUCGCCGCCAACGUGGCGGCGCGCUUCGGCCUGGCGCACACGCAGGACGCGGCCGAGCGCUGCAUCAAAGGCCACUUGUGGGAGCUGCUGGUCCGGGGCGCGGGCUCCGCAGGGCUGCUGGAGCUCAACCCCGCGUCCCUGAAGGCCGUGCUGGGUGCACCUGAUGUGGCGCGGGUGCCCGAGGCUCGGCUGCUAGGCCUGGCGCUGGCCUGGCUGCGGCAGGAGCCCAAGGCCGAACGCCUGUCCCACUGCACGGCCCUGCUUGAACGCGUCCGCUUUGGUCUGGUGCCCGCCGACAUGCUGCGGCGCGUGUACUCGGGCUCCGGCCUUACUUUGCCCACACGAAUCAAGGGCCUCAUCAUCCAGGCCCUCAACUACCACACGGCGCCCUCCCGCCAGCCGCUCCUGCAGGGCGAGCAGACCAGCGUCCGGAGCCCCCAAACUCGCAUCUUGUUGGUGGGCGGGCACAGGGGACGUGAGGUGCGGAUGGAGGAGGUCGUGGCCCCGCGGCGGGUGGCCAGGGUCCGGGUGGCUGCGGUCCAACCCCAGGAGGAGGAGGGAGAGGAAGAGGAAGAAGAGGAAGAGGAGGAAGAGGAGGAGUUGGAGGAGUGUGAGCUCACCCAGGACGUCGUGGCCUUCGACGUGUAUAACCACCGCUGGCGCAGCCUCACGCGGCUGCCCGCGCCGCUGCUGGGGCACUGCGUGUGCACGGCGGGCAACUUCCUGUACGUCGUGGGCGGGGAGCGGCCUCUAGGUGGCGCCACAUCUGCCCAGGCCCGCGGCCCGCGAGCUGUCACGGCGGAAGUGCACCGUUACGACCCCCGUUUCCACGCGUGGACGGCCGUGCCCGCUCUGAGACAAGCGCGGGCCCACUUCUGGUGUGGCGCCGUGGGCGAGGGGCUCCUGGCGGUCGGGGGCGUGGGCACGGACGGCGCGGCGCUGGCUUCCGUGGAGAUGUACGACCUGCGCCGGGACCGCUGGACGGCGGCCGCAGCGCUUCCGCGGGCGCUGCACGGCCACGCGGGGGCCGUCGGGGACCGCGGCGUGGUCUACGUUUCCGGAGGCAAGGCGGGGAGGGGCGAGGGCGGCGCGAGCAGCCUGCGGGACGUGUACGCCCUGGGCCCGGGGGAGCGCGAGUGGCACAAGAGGGCGCCCAUGGGCACCUCCCGCUUUGGGCACCACAUGGCGGCACUGCGCGGCGCGGUGUUCGCCUUUCUGGGGCGCUACGAGCCCUUCUCUGAGAUUGAGCGCUAUGACCCAGAUACAGACCAGUGGACUCGGCUGCGGCCGCUGCGCUACGACCGCUUCUGUUAUGGGUUGGCCGUGGUGGAGGAGACAGUGCUGCUGCUGGGUGGCCUCAAAUGGCGGGACUCGCGCCAGGUGCCCACCCGCAACGUUGUGGGCUAUGAUCUCGACCUGGACCGCUGGGAGGACAUCGACUGCCCGCUGCCCUGGGCCUGGAGCGGCCUGCAGUGCGCCGUGCUGCAGCUGGCCGAGGGUGGGGAGGAAACGGGAGAGCCCGGAGAGGUGCCAGAUUUGGCGUAGGGCUUAAAGGUUAGCGUGGACGCUAGGUGACAGUGAGAAGCCGGAGUGUCACUCUUGACCAUGCUUAUGAGCGAGAAACACGCGAGCUGCUCCUAAGAGGGGCACUCUGGAAGCAAAGGGGCUUCUGAAGGCUAGAAUCAAGGCAAAGCAGGGCAUGGCCACAGAGGAACAUUUCCCCUAAAGUUGAACGGGAAGGGAGACUAGUUGGUCAGAAGGAACCAUGAGUCAGUGUCAGUGAGCUGAGACUUACAUUGGACUAGAGAUGGAUUUUGGAUUUGGAUUUUCCCUAAAAGAAAAAAAAAAAGCGUCUCCUUAGGUGCUAGUUACUACUUUUGUGCCAAACAAAGGAAAGUCCAAAGAAUGUGGCACUAGAAGUUAUAUACAAAAGCCAUAAAAUUGUGAGUUAUAAAGACUAUACAAAAUAAGUCCUAGAAGCUUUAUCUAAGGGAAAAUGUCCUUGUUAAACAGCAUAAGGCUGCUGUAAGGAGAACCAGGCUUUUAUGACCCAGAACCAUGACUAUCGCUCUGAUGGUGUAAUAUAACUGCACAUCCAUCUUGGGGGGCGGGGAUAAGUUUUCGUGACCUCACAUCCUUACCUCUUAGCCUGCUUUUGUCCUGGUUAGGCAGCUCGCUGGUUUUGUUUUAUUUCAGCACCCUUGAGGCCUAAUAAUCAGGCUCCUCUGGUUAAGUGAAACAUCUGACAAACCAGAACAAAACAAAAACCUAUUUCUUUCACCCUCUAAAUUCUGCAGAUGUGCUGUCGGUUAUAUUUGUAAAAAUAUUAACUUAUUUUUAGCAGUCCCCCACUGUACCUGCACUUCCCCCCACCAUUUCCCUAAAGAACCAGAGAAGGAAAGAGGAGUAACCUAAGUUUUAAAGUUUGUGUCAGAUAAACUGGCUUGGUUUUAAGGGUCUCAGAGGAGAUAGAA